UUGGAGGCUUUCUGACCUAGUUGCUGCGGGCGUAAUGCCUUGAGCUGUCCGAGAACGGUAUGGUCUGCAAAUGCAGAAACGUUCUGCGUUUUGUGUCUCUUGGAAUUAACGUUAGUUUUUGGAUUUUUAUGUUUCUUAUGACGCAAGCAGUGCUGAAACUUCUUUGUUGAAGAAAUGUCUUCAGAGUCAGAAAAGGAUAAAGAGAGACUGAUUCAAGCUGCCAAAAUGUUCUUCUUUCAUGUACAAGAUUUUGCUUCUGUCACAAACACACUGACUGAGUUGUUUAACCGCAGUAUGAAUACUCAAAUCCUUUUGAUGGCUGUGAAAAACAAUAGUAACAUUAAGGAUUUUUUUGAGCAAAUGCUCAAAAUUUUUAAGGAGAUGCAAUCUGUAGUGGAUGCAAAACUUGACAAAAUUCAAAAGGAGUCUUUAGGUUCCAAGGUUGCAAUGGCCAUGUGCUCUGUGGUUCAGAAGGGUACCAAUGUAGAGGAGUUGCAUCAGUCAGCUAAAGAAGUGUUCAAAAGUGCCCAUACACCAGUCGUCAUCUCUGCGCUAAAGAGCAGUAACAUCCUUGGGAGUUUGGAAUCUUCUCUUUCACACUUGAUGAAAUUCCCCAUCAUGAAUCUUCAAUUAAGUGACUUCUAUAUAGAAGACACCAAAGAGCAAUCAGAUGUCACCACAUCUGAGAGAACCAGGAGUCCAGAUUCUUCCAAAACCACUAUGACAGACACCUUGAAAAAACUGCAGGAUGCACUAAAAACUGAGGAUUCCAAAAAUCCCAUAGGGUCAGCAGCAGAUUUGUUGGAACACAUUGUCAAGGCUAUGGGACCAAUCUUAGAGAUUCUCCAAAAAGCCAUAAAGACUAUGGAAAUGAAUAUUUCUGUGUUUAAGAAAGCCAGUGACAAGUAGGGAUACAACAGAACUGUUCAUUUCUGUCAGAAAACUAAUUCAAAUCUUACGGUUUUUCAUAGUGGUUUCUAAGAUCUUUUGGUGCCAAACAUGGUAUGUUAGAACAUAAGUACACGAAAGUCAUCUGGCAAAACAUUUACCUGUAGUUUUGCUUUAUUAAAAUAAAAAUAAAUAAUUCAGAAA